CAAACACCACGGAGAGCAGGGUUAGAUGAAGUCAUGACAGGAGCACUGACAUCACACGCCCACCCUGCACUCCCCUGUGUUCCGGCGCGUCAUGGCGCACUCUGCCCACUGAGUCCAGCGCGUCCGGCCGAGCAAAGUCUGUGUCAUCAUGGCUUCGGAUCCAGAAAAUAACAGAGGGCGAAUGAAUCAGCUUCUGGGGAAACCCGGGAAUGGAGAGUGUGCCGACUGCGGAGCUGCAGAUCCGGAGUGGGCGUCCUAUACCCUGGGUGUGUUCGUGUGUCAAAGCUGCUCAGGCCUCCAUAGAAACAUUGCUCAGAUCAGCAAGGUGAAGUCUCUCCUGCUGGAUCCCUGGAGCUCCUCAGAGGUGGAGUUCAUGGACUCUGCUGGUAACAACGCUGCCAAGGCCAAAUAUGAGCAGAUAGUUCCUGCCUUCUUUUACCAGCCCAAACACAAAGACUGCAUGCUCCUCAGGGAACAAUGGAUUCGAGCCAAGUACGAGAGGAAGGAGUUCAUGUCAGUGGAGAGGCAGGAGCCCUACUCUGCAGGCUACAGAGAGGGGUUCCUAUGGAAACGAGGCAGAGACAAUGGACAGUACCUGAGCCGAAAGUUCAUCCUGUCAGAGCGGGAGGGGGUUCUGAAGUACUUCAACAAGCACGAUGCCAGGGAGCCCAAAGCGAUAAUGAAGAUAAAUACAGUGAAUGCCACUUUCCAGCCGACUAAAAUCGGAACACCUCAUGGCCUGCAGAUAACCUAUCUGAAGGACAACAGCACCAGGAAUGUCUUUGUCUACCACGAGGAUGGAAGGGAAAUGGUGGACUGGUUCAACGCCAUCCGAGCAGCCAGGUUUCACUACCUGCAGGUGGCCUUUCCUGUGUCCCCCCUGUCUGUUUUGUUGCCGAUGCUAACCAGGAACUACGCAAGGGAGGGUUACAUGGAGAAGACUGGUCCGAAGCACACGGAGGGCUUCAAGAAGAGGUGGUUCACUCUGGACGACAGGAGGCUCAUGUACUUCAAAGAUCCACUGGACGCUUACGCACGAGGCGAGGUGUUCGUGGGCAGUAAGGAGAACGGCUACAGUCUGCUGCCCGAGCUCCCGGCCAACACUCAGGGCUACCACUGGCAGUUUGGAAUCACCAUCGUGACCCCGGAGAGGAAUUUCCUCUUUGCGUGCGAGACCGAAGAGAGUCAGAACGACUGGAUGUUUGAAUUUCAAACGGUUAUCAACAGACCAAUGCUGCCUCAGGAGUAUGCAGUUGAGGCCUAUUUUAAACACAAACCAUGACUCUUGUAGUGUUUGAGGAUCUUCUGGUGCAGGAUGAUGAGCAGGAAGUGGAGCCUGAAGAAGAAAAGGGCCGGACAGAGAUAUUUGUGCUCGACAUCUCUUAAUAGGUUUUAUAAAAUCCAGGGGGACAGUGAGAUUAUCAUUCCCACAAUUACGGCUUUUACUCAAAGCGUGGUCCUGCUUCGUUCCACUUACAUUCGACCCAUGUCUUAGUGAAUCCAAAUCUGAGCAGAAUUGGCCUAAAUCUCAUUUGUCAUUACCUGUAACUCACACACUUGAAACAGUCAUCCUGACCUGAAUGUGCCAUACCCGAUGCAUGUGUAAAUGUAUGAAUGUUUGCCUUUUGUGUACGAGUGAAAACUGUUGCUGCUCAGACUUGGAAGAGAUUUAAAUGUGGUGUUUUCCAGUCUUCUAAUAAUAGCACGAGUCAUUGUCUUGAAUUUCAACCAAGUGUACAAACUGUGCCAUUCAGGUCAGUUACAGGCCGACUCAAACCAACCGGACGCAGGAAUGAAAUAUGUCAGUAAGAAGAAAUAAUACUAUUACACAUGUUUAUUUCCAUAUGUGGGUAUAAUAUUUAUUCAGUUAUAUUUAUUUGUUUGUCUCAUCUGCUAUCUGCAAACCUUCAAGGUUGUGAUGCCAGGCAAUGCAGGUACAACAUAACAUGUUUACUUUUAAUACACAUUCAAUCAGCUGCAUGUCAAUGUAUGAUAUGUGGUUUAUUUGGCCGGAAUUCCCAUUCCUUUUUUUCUAACAACAAAUUAAAAUCAUUUCAUGUCAAGGGUAUUUAUCCACUAGAGGGAGACAAAGGAUGUUUAAACUUGUGAUUUAACCCACAGCCACCACACUCUGUGACGUUAACCAGGUGUGCGUGUUAAAUAUAUUUGAUACAAUGACUGAGGAGAAAGGCCUGAAGAUGUUUUGGAGCAGCGAUCCAUUCAUUCUAGUGUAAGAGGAGGAUUUGGGUCAGUGAAUCUGAAAUAUGCUCAUGAUUAAAAAGGCUCGAGGCCACGUUA